GUCUUAAUUCUUGUGUAGGUCUCGAUCUUUCGAUUAUUCUUUUUUUUACACUUGAAACAGACACUAUUUGAUAUAAAGGACUUUUAAAGAGAGCAGACGGUCACCCAUCAUUUUGAAUUAUUGUGCAGGCAGCAGAGGAAUGACCCCCCUGACAAUUAUUGUUCUGGUGUUGACAACAGCAGAAGUUAGUGCUACGAUCUGUAAUCUCACUGAGGAGAGUAGAGAUCAUCAAUGUUAUGCGGCUCUGGGAGAAUCUAUGUCAUUCCACCUGACUGCAAACACAAGGGAAGAAAAAAUUACAUUGAAGAAAGGUGAUAAUCGUAUUCUGAACUUCCAAACUGGAGAAGACUGGAGAUCUAAACUGCAUCAGGAUUAUGUGAAUCGCUCUGAGUUCUUUAAUAAUGGAACAUUCAGACUGGACAGAGUUAUAGAAGAAGACAGUGGAGAUUACCAAUUGGAAACAUAUAAUUCAGAGGGAGUAGUGUUGCACAAAGUCAACAUGCUACUUGAGAUAAAAGCCCCGGUGUCAGAGCCAGUGUUGUCUCACCUCUGUCUGCCUCAUGGAGAAACCGUGGUCACAUGCUCCUCAGAGGGAGAUGGUCUUCAGUACAGCUGGACCCUGAAUGGCCAGAAUCUGACCAGGAAUGUUGCCUAUGACCACUACCAGAACAGUGUCAUCAUACUGAAGAGUGAUGUGACAGGAACCCUGACCUGUAUGGUUCAGAAUAAAGUUAGCACCAGCAACUCCACUAUUCAUCUUCCGGCCUGCCAAGCUUUGUAUGAAUUUUGCAUGAAAAAGUGA